AUGCCGUCCCUUACGCGAUACCUCCUCCUCCCCCUCCUUUGCGUCUCUCCCAUCCUCGCCGCUUACCAGCCCGACUACGCCAUCUUCGGCGAAAAAUGCGCCGGCCCCGUGCAAGCGACCCAAGACAUUAUCGCUCCCAUCGCCAGCAACCUCGUCGAGAAGGUCUGCAGCCAGUGCGACCAUGACAAGAUCACCUACGAGAUGCUGCAGCGUUCCGAAUCCAACAACUUCAACUGGGCCAUCCUACACCUGAAGGGCGUCGGCUUCGAACUCCGCGACUCCUACGUCCCCGAGAAACUGUUCAACCUGGUCUGGGAUUUCUGCAUCAAGAAGCAGUGGCCCACCAAGUCGCUCUGCGAGGAUAACUUUGAGGAGUUCCAUGACUGCGUGCUGCGCACCGGCAUGAACGAGAUGAAGGGUCCCUUUGUCUCCUACAACCAGCUCGUCGACGAUCGCUGUCUCCGGAUGCCCGCCGCCGCCGCGCGCAUGGUGCCGCUGGUCAAGGAGGAGGUCGAUAAGUUUCUCGGUCGCGUUUGUCCGAAUGGCCAGCAGGGGAGGGCUCAGGGUGUCUUGGCUGCUUGA